GGCAACAGCUAUAAGUGCGACAGCGGCACCCACAGGUCGUAUGGAGGUACUGCACAUGACGUAACCCGCAGAACUGGAAUGCGGCGUCUGGCCUCACGUGAUGCAUGUGACGGUCAAGAUGGCGGCCGGAUGCUGUCUCCAUGGUGACGAGCGGAAGUCAAGCUGUCAGCUGGUAGGGUUUGGUAAAGAUGGCGGCGGAGGCUGAGUACGAGUCUGUGCUAUGUGUGAAGCCCGAGAUAAGCGUGUACCGGAUCCCGCCGAGAGCAUCCAACCGGGGCUACAGGGCCUCGGACUGGAAGCUGGAUCAGCCGGACUGGACGGGGAGGAUGCGGCUGACCUCCAAGGGGAAUGUGGCCUUCAUCAAACUGGAGGACAAGGUGUCAGGAGAACUCUUCGCUCAGGCUCCAGUGGACCAAUUUCCCGGGCUUGCAGUGGAAACAGUGACUGAUUCCAGCCGUUACUUUGUGAUCAGGAUUCAGGACGGAAACGGAAGAAGCGCUUUCAUCGGCAUCGGGUUUGCAGAUCGGGGGGAUGCCUUUGAUUUCAACGUAUCUUUACAGGACCACUUCAAGUGGGUGAAGCAAGAAUCGGAUUUCUCCAAAGAGCCCCAAGGACAGGACAAUCUACCCAAGCUGGAUUUAGGAUUCAAAGAAGGGCAGACAAUCAAGCUUAACAUUGGGAACAUAAAAAAGAAAGAUGGCUCCUGUAAGCCUCGAGGGAACGCCGGCGCUGGUGGUAUUGCUCUGCUUCCUCCUCCUCCUGGGGGGAGAAUCCCAACACCAACCACCCCUGUGGCUACCGCAGCACCUAAUCUACCUCCCCCCAACAACACACCCUCCAGCCCAGACAUCUUGCUAGACUUGGGGUCCCCAGUGCCACCUCCUAAAGCUGCUCCUGCCUCCGCAGACAUGUGGGGGGAUUUUAAUACUGCCAGCAGUCUGUCCUCUCAGGCUCCGCAGUCUUCUAGCUGGGUUCAGUUCUAAUGGCCGCACCCGGAUCCUCUUCUUUUCUCUUCCCCUGGAGAACAGACAGUCCCCCGUCCACCGCCAGGAAGCACAGCCGCCCUGUACCGCCUAUCAUUGUGACGUCUCCUCAUUGUUGGGGCUGUGUGGGUCUCGCAGGGGGCAUCGUGUUGUGCAUCUCAUUCUUUCUCCUCUUUGCGCUGCCCUGUCCCCCGUCCCUGCCUGCUCCCCGUGUCGCCAUGUCAUUGUUUUGCUGUCUUUCAACCUCCCCCGCCCCCAAAGUACCAGUUACACACACUGUAA